CACGGCCUCAUCCUCAUCCUUAUCGGUUCCCAUUUCUGCUCUCUGACUCGAGAAAAAUUGUACCGUUACUAUUUGGGCAUGAACCCAGAGAACCCAUCCCCAGUUGUCGGAGGAAAUUUACCUGUGAGACGACGUCGUUUCGAGAAAUUGACUCUGGUCCGAAAAUGAAGUGGUGGGGGGGCAACUGCUUAGUCCACAGAACAGUGACCACCGGUUCUGAGGUAAUGUUGGGAAAACGUUAAAACUGUUUUUUCAAAAUAUUUUCGUUUUGUUUUUGUUUUUGUUUUUGGUUCUGUUGUUUUUAGUAUUAUUAUUUUUAACGAUGGUGAACUUUUGUUCUUACCGCUGCUUCAACCUUUCUCUCUCUUCGGGAUGGCCUUCAAGCUAUCUUGAUCGCCUACAAUUAUAUAUUUUUUCUCUCUACACUCUUCUUUCUCUACAGCUCAGAUAACACUUUCUCUCUCUCUCUCUCUCUCUCUCUCCCUCUCUCUCUCUCUCUGCAUCAAUGAGCUCGUGGCUUCUUUAAACUUCUGAUCUGCCGUGAAGGGGGGACUUUUGCAGGGGCGACCAAAAGGGAACAGCAAAAGGUAGAAUUUUUACUCUGUAUGCCGGGAAAUUCAGAUUUAUGGGCAGGAAUUUCACAUGAUAUAAAUAGACCUUCUUGUCAUGAUUGAGGGAUGAAGGGGAACUCCAAGUUGGUCAUUAGGAAUUUAGGAUGACUCCAAAUUCAAGUGGAUCAUUUUGGUUGAGAUCAUCUCUUUCGUGUGUGAUGAUUACAAAGAAUACUAGAAUUGUCCUAUGCUGAAAGUUGGCAUGCAACUAAACACGUAUUGAGGAGAGAGACUGCUUGUUUUGAUCUGGUGAGGUUCAUAAGGUGGGCUAAUAAAGGUCAUUGUUGAAUGUACAUGCUAUUACAUGUAUUUAUUUUCUCCAACAAUGAAGAGAAGUCUAGCUUUGGCGCUAAUUUGGCUUCAUGCAGAUUUGGUAAACUGCUAAUAAUAUCAUGUGGAUAUCUUGUGAAGGGCAGUAUCGGAGAAGUACGAUUACUAUAAGUAACAAUGUAACUUAUUGAACUUUAUACUCAAUAGGGAGAUCCUACAUUUGUGUGAAAGUGUCAAUCUAUUGUCACUGCACAAGUGGUUUACAUCUUAUUCAAGAAUAAGUUGCAAAGAUGGAAGGUGAGAUUUGGAGUUCAAACCAUCUACCAGGUGUCCUACAGCGGUUACUUCCAGCUUCUGUACCCGUCCUUCUGAUUGCAAUCGGAUAUGUUGACCCUGGAAAGUGGGCUGCAGCUGUUGAUGGAGGUGCCCAUUUUGGCUUUGAUCUGGUAGUUUUGGUGCUUUUCUUCAAUUUUGCUGCUAUUCUAUGUCAGUACCUGUCAGCGUAUAUAGGUGUGGUCACUGGGAGAGAUCUUGUACAGAUUUGCAGUAAUGAAUAUGACAAGUCCACAUGCAUAUUCCUGGGAGUUCAAGUGGAGCUAUCUGUGAUCGCUUUAGAUCUUACUAUGGUUCUGGGAACUGCGCUUGGACUCAAUCUUAUAUUUGGGAUUGACUUGCUCGCUUGUGUCUUUUUAACUGGUGUUGAUGCGAUUUUAUUUCCAAUUUUUGCUGCAUUCCUGGAGAAAUGGACAGCAAAAUUCCUAGGCAUAAGCAUGGCAGGAUUCACAAUGUUGUCUUAUGUUCUUGGAAUGCUUAUUGGUCAACCAGAAAUGCAACUUUCCAUGAAUGGGAUGCUAACAAUGUUAAGUGGGGAGAGUGCUUUUAUACUUAUGAGUCUUCUUGGAGCAAGUAUAAUGCCUCACAAUUUUUACCUCCAUUCUUAUAUUGUACAGCUGCACGAGGGACUACCAAACAUCUCCAAGGAGACCUUGUCCCAUGACCACUUUUUUGCCAUCGUAUGUGUCUUCAGUGGCAUUUUCUUGGUGAACUAUGCGCUGAUCCACUCGGCGGCAAAUGUAUUCUACAGUGCUGGCCUUGGUUUACUUACUUUUCAAGAUGCAUUGUCAUUAAUGGAUCAGGUAUUUAGGAGCCCGAUAGCACACUUUGCCUGUGUACUUGUUCUGCUUUUUUGUAAUCAAAUCACAGCAUCAACAUGGAAUCUUAUUGGACGAGUAGUCUUGCAUGAUUUUUUCAGAACGGACAUUCCCAUAUGGCUUCAUCGAGCUACAAUUCGAGCUGUUGCUAUUUUUCCAGCACUUUAUUGUGUGUGGAAUUCAGGAGCUGAAGGGAUAUACCACCUGCUUAUAUUCACACAAGUUAUGGUAGCUCUGCUGCUUCCAUCUUCUGUGAUUCCACUUUUCCGGGUUGCCUCAUCAAGUUCUGUAAUGGGCAUGCACAAAAUUUCCCCAUUUGUGGAGUUCUUAGCCUUAAUCACGUUUAUUGGGAUGGUUGGUUUGAAGAUUAUAUUUGUAGUAGAGAUGGUAUUCGGAAAUAGUGAUUGGGUAGGCAAUUUGAGGUGGACCAUGGGUAAUAACACGUAUGUUCCUUAUAUUGCUCUUCUCGUUGUUGCUUGUGCAUCUUUUUGUUUGAUGCUUUGGCUAGCAGCCACUCCUUUAAAGUCUGCUAGUGCCAGAAUAGAUGCUCAACAGCGGAACUGGGAUGUACAAAAUGUUCUAUCUGAGCCAUUGUUAGAGAGGGAGGUAAACGAUUUGCAUGAAAGUAAAUAUCAUGAACAGGAGCCUUUUCGACUGCAAGAACCAUCACUGGGUGUCAAUUCCUUGGGAAGUCAGUCAGAUGUGUCAAUUGCAGAUGUUGAUGUUGAUUUGCCUGAGACAAUCCUGGAUGAGGAACCUCAUUUGACUACCAUUGAGGAGAAUUCGUCUAAUCCUACAUUUUCUGUCCCCUUACGAUCCCAUCCAAAGGAAUUGGCAGCUACAGUAGAACUAGCCCCUGUCUCAACUAUCGUUAAGGAAGUUUCUGAUGGUGAUUUGCUGGAUAGCAGUAACCUAAAGAAUGAAUCAAUCUAUCCAGUUGAGAAGACUGUUGGAAUAGAGAGAGAUUUACAAACUGUGAAGUAUGAUGAUGAGGGAGACAGUUGGGAGCCUGAAGAGCCAUCCAAAGGGGUUCCUGAGAGUGGUCAAUCUUUGCCAUCCGAGGGCUUGGGAUCGUUUAGGAGUCUCAGUGGGAAAAGUGAUGAUGGUGGCAGUGGUGCUGGAAGUCUUUCAAGAUUAGCAUUGGGUCGUGCUGCAAGGCGUCAAUUUGCUGCAGUUCUUGAUGAGUUUUGGGGGCAGUUGUAUGACUUCCAUGGGCAAGCAACUCAAGAAGCAAAGGCUAAGAAAUUGGAUGUCUUGCUGGGGGUAGAUUCAAAACCUGCACUCAAAGUUGACACUGCUGGAAAGGAUCUUCCUGGAUGCUUUCCCUCUGUGGGGGGAAGAGGUUCUGAUUCUAUUAUCAAUCGCAGCUUAUUUGACUCUUCCGGCCAGCAGAGGGUGCAAAAUACUAUAGAGCCAUCUUAUGGGGUUCAAAGGGGAUCUUCGUCGAUGUGGUCCAACCACAUGCAGUUGUUGGAUGCAUACGUGCAAAAUUCCAGUCGUAAUGCUUUUGACUCUGGCGAGAAGCGCUAUUCGAGUUUGCAUCUUCCACCAUCUUCUGAUGGCUGGGAUUAUCAGCCAGCUACAGUUCAUGGUUACCAGAUUGCAUCAUACCUCAAUCGAAUUGCUAAGGACAAGUAUUCUGUAAAUGGUCAAAUUGAGUCACCUCCCCCAAAAUCCACAUCUUUGGGCCCUCCAAAUUACAGAGGUUCACUAGCAGCUUAUGCUAUGGGCCAAAAAUUACAAACUAGUCUUAGCUCAGUCCAAUCAUCUAGUCUCCAGAAUGUUGUCAAUAGUCCACUGCAAUCUGAAAGUUCAUAUUAUGAUGUUGGCUCGUCUGUUCCUCUUGAAAGUUUGGUGAGUCCAAUCAAUUCAAAAAAGUAUCACAGUUCGCCCGACAUUUCAGGACUCUCAGUUCCGUACCGGGAUCUAUAUAUGCCUGAUAGGAAUGCACAAUGGGAAAGCUCCAUUGGAUAUGGGUCAUCUGUUGAUCGAACAGGGUAUGGGCAAUCUCUGUAUUCCGGUGCUGGAUCAAGGGCAGGAACUCUGACAUUUGAUGAACCCUCCCCAAAAGUAUACAGCGAUCUUUUCUCCUUACAGUUGGGUUCUAGUUUGGAUGCUGGAUCCUUGUGGACGAGGCAGCCGUUUGAGCAGUUUGGUGUGGGUAAUAAAACUCGUCGUAUGGGUGUUGAUGUAGUCGAAAGUCAACUGGGUUCAGCUGUACAUAAAUCUACUUCUAUUGUGGAUUUGGAGGCCAAGCUUCUUCAGUCUUUUAGAUAUUGCAUUUUGAAGCUCUUGAAAUUGGAAGGGUCUGAUUGGUUAUUUAGACAGAAUGAUGGGGCUGAUGAGGAUCUCAUUGAUCGUGUUGCUGCGAGGGAGAGAUUCCUUUAUGAAGCUGAAAUUAGAGAGAUGAGCCAGGCCGUUCAAAUGGGAGAGUCUUUGUACUUGUCCUCUGAAAGGAAGCCAAAUUCUUCCUUGAAGAAUGAUGAGACAAGUUUUACCAAAUUUCUGGUUUCCUCCAUUCCUCAUUGUGGAGAGGGCUGUAUUUGGAGAAUGGAUUUGAUCAUAAGUUUUGGGGUAUGGUGCAUCCAUCGGAUUCUUGAACUUUCACUCAUGGAAAGUCGACCAGAACUAUGGGGAAAAUAUACCUAUGUGCUCAAUCGUCUUCAGGGAAUAAUUGACUUGGCAUUCUCGAAGCCUCGUUCCCCAAGGUCCCCUUGCUUCUGCCUGCAAAUUCCAGUGGCACAUCAGCAGAGGUCAAGCCCACCCAUAUCAAAUGGUAUUUUGCCCCCUGCUGUAAGAUCAGGAAGGGGGAAAUGCACAACUGCAUCAACACUCCUGGACAUAAUCAAGGAUGUAGAGAUAGCAAUAUCUUGUCGCAAGGGUCGACAAGGCACAGCAGCUGGAGAUGUGGCUUUCCCAAAAGGAAAAGAGAAUCUGGCAUCCGUGCUUAAACGCUACAAGCGCAGGUUAUCCCCCAAACAAGUUGGGACUCAUGAAGGAGGGACUAUGUCGCGCAAGGUUCCAACAUCAGCCCCUCUUGGCUCAUAGCUUUUUUGCCUCUACUGGGUCAUUGUCCUUGGAGCUGUUAGAUUUUGGAAAGCAGCUCAAACUAUAGAUCAGAUGCUGCCCAGCAACGAAUCUCUCUCUCUCUCUCUCUCUCUCUCUCUCUCUCUCUCUCUCGUGUAUUUAUGUCUUUGCUGCAAAUUUAUUUCCUUGUAUGUUAUAUAUACAUAGGAUAAAAAAUUACUGAAUAUGUAAGUGCAGCAGAAUGAAUGAAAGAAAAUGGGUAGAAGAAAUGUGGAAAAAUAGUUUGUUGCAAAA